AUCGCUGGAGCUAUUCGGCCAUUAGCACUUACCAUUCACUGCAGCAGGUCACUGAAGCCUCCAUCAUGUCCAUCGCCCACACAGCAGCACGGGCUGUCCUGCAUGACGCCCUGCUCCGGGACGGCGACGGAGACAACCGCAUCCGCCAUCUUGAACUGGAGCUGCCCUUGGACAGAGUUAUUAAGUUUGUGUCUGUGGGACUGCCUCUCCUGCUGGUUUCUUUGGCAUUUGCUCGAGAGGUCUCUAUUGGCCCACAGAUUAGCUGUUUCCCUCCCAGCAACUUCACUGCCAAGCAGGCUGCGUAUGUGGACACGUACUGCUGGGACAUUGUGAUGCACCAUGAGUUCGACACAAACGGGAAUGUGGAAGAGCGUUCCCUCUGGGUGCACAAGAUGUUCCCAUACUCCUUGCUGAUUAUGGCGAUGAUGAUGUAUUUGCCGGCACUGAUCUGGCGGUUUCUGGCCAUGCCAAGCCUGGGCUCAGACCUACUCUUCAUCAUUGAUGAGCUGGACAAGUCCUACAACCGCUCGGUGCGCCUGGCCCAGACCAUCCUGGAACUCCAGCAGAGCUCAGAAAGUCCCCAAGAGUUCCAGGCAGAACUGUGGCAAGCCAAGCGGAAGCGUUACUUUGAGUACCCCCUGCUGGAGAGAUACAUGCAGUGCAAGCACGCCUCCUACUUCCUGGUCAGCAUGCUGUUCCUGCGUGGCUUCCUCUUGCUGACCUUCAUGUCAGCCUCCUGCCUGUACCUGGUCUACUUCCACCUGUCAGCUUUCCUGCAGGACGAGUUCAGCUGCUUCGUGCGCACAGGGCUCCUGCGUGACCAGCCCUGGGUGCCCGAAGUGGUGCAGUGCAAGAUGCCGGGCCUGCUGGUGUUCCAGGUCAUUAGCGUGGCCAACGGCGCCAUCUACGUCAUGCUCGCACCCAUUGUGCUCUUCAGCCUGCUGCGUCUCUUCUGCUGGGACACGAGCUUCCUCUCGCUGUACGAGGUGCUCCCUGCCCUAGGCCUCAUCAGUGGACAGAAGCUGGGUUGUCCGCUCAAUGACCUGAACGUACUGCUACUCUUCCUGCGUGCCAAUGUGGCACAGCUGCGCUCCUACGGACAGCUCAGGGCCCUGUGCUCUUUGGCGCCCCCGCAGAUGAAAGGGGGCAAGAGAAUUCUGACGGAGGAGCAGGCCGAGGAAUCUGCGGAGGCAGCUGAGGAGCUGGAGGAGGAGAUGAGGGAGGCCAGGGAGGAGGGCAAGCACAACCUGGUGGACAUCAUGACAGUACUCGGGGCAGCCAGAGGAAAUGUGGUGAAUUGCCCUGAACAGCACCCUCUCGUGGAAGAGAACAUGACACUCGAGCCUAACCACCAGGGGUACCAUGAGUUGAAGGAGACUACAUCAUGUUGUUUUGGUUAAACAUACACCAAUGGACUGAACCAUCGUUGUAAGGACAAAGGGGGAUGGACCACAGAUUAGCCACACCCCCUCUAGACUUGAUUAAGAAAACAAACAAACAAACAAAAAAAAAACCUCACCUCAAAUGGAUUUCCCACUGACAGUCUUUUUGGCUCAGGACAGUCAUAAUGGUGUUCUGAGAAAUGAAUCCCUAUAUACCAAAGUACCUCUGGAAUAUUCACGAAGUCCUCCCAAAAGCCUCCAUUAGAAUGAGUCAUUUAAGGAUUUCCACUUUGUUUAUUUAUACUUUAUUGUUUUUGUAUGUCCGUACUAAAGUUCUUCUCUUGUUGUCUUUUGUUUAUAAUUAUGAUUUUACUUGCCUUUUUUCUUUUAUGAACAAUUAAAAUACAUUUUAUGUUUGCCUUUGUAACUGAUGUUUGCUAUAUUGAUUUUACACA